UCUCGUAUUACAGGUGUAUGCAUGUCAUUUCAUUUUGUGUACACUGGAGCACGCAGACGAGAUUUUUUUUUGUUCGCUUGGAUGAUUAACCACCGUGGUCGGUACCAGAUCUUAGGCACAGAUAUGGCAUCUCAAGGGAACGAUCAGGUCAAAUGUGACGAACCGGUUCAGAUGUUUAAAUUAACUGCAGAGCAAAUGGAAGAGUUCAGAGAAGCUUUUAAUAGUUUUGAUCGCAACAAUGAUGGCGUCAUAUCCGUGGAUGAGUUUGGUGAUGUCAUCAGGUCACUAGGUCAUAAACAUUCCAAGAAAGAUAUCGAGGAAGCUAUUCAAAGAUUUGAUGAAAAUAAAAAUGGUACAAUAGAAUUCGACGAGUUUAUCAAGAUGGUUGGACUACUUCCUACGAGUGAUAAAGAACAAGACCAAGAAGAACUAAAGAAAGCAUUUCAGUUAUUUGACAAAGAUGGUAACGGUUAUAUCAGUGCUGCUGAGCUGAAGUUGGCGAUGACGACACUUGGUGAACCCUUAACGGAUGAUGAGGUUGCAGAAAUGAUUGCCAACGCAGAUAUUGACCAAGAUGGAAAGAUUAAUUAUGGAGAAUUCGUUGAAAUGAUAAUGCAAUCUUCAGAGAAUUCAUGAGACACACACACACAAUGGAUGAACGGCGUCUUCAUGUCUAGACCACUAUCGAAGUACAUUAUCAAUAAAGAGAUGUAUUGUCUGAUAUCCAGCAUUGCUCUAUAGGUAUAAACAUUUUUGAAAAUGUAAUAAAGGAACUAUAAAUAAAUACCGUAUUGGUUUAUAACUCCCUUUUGAUAUGCCUACGAAGAUCUUAAAUUAAAAGUGGAAUCGAAAAUAAAUGACAGGCUCACAACUCCUCAACUAAGGAAGAAGAAUGGGUGUCGUAAGUAUAGGUGUUGAUCACCGGAGGGGUGGGGGAUAUCCACAUAUGUCAGGUAGGGGGUGGCCUGUGUUAUCAUCUCCCAAUAAUUUACGGUCGACCAUCAUAAUAUGUACGAUGACAAGUAUGAUCACGGUGUUAAAGAACAAGUAUGAGAUGAUCAUGAUGAUGGUAGUAUUGAUUGUUGUUUGUCUUAUUCAUACACAAUGAUGAUCAUCAAUCGAAAUUUUCUUAUGUUAAAAUGAAUGUUAUUGAAUGAAACAAUUCCUUUUAAAAACUGUUCAAGUCAGAUGGGUGGAGAAAGAAGAAAUUCCAGGAUGAAAUAGAAUAACAUUUUUAUUUUAAAAAAAUACCCCUUCCCGCGAGUGCAUUGUGUGUGCCCCGUUUAUUUGAUCACCACUCGGAAUGUCACUUCAUUUUUGUUAGAAAUAUUUAUCCCGGUUUAAUGUAGAAUAAGUGAAGAAGAUAUAAAAGAGAUGAGAAUUUAAUUUCAAAAAGAGUUUAUAGAAAUGGAAAUUACGAUGAAAUCUGACAAGAGUUUUUUAAAUGGCUCAUUAUCAGGAAAAUUCUUCAAAAAUUUCACCUCGCGCUUCGCGCUAGAAUUAUUGAUCUCGUCCUUACGUAUACGUAGUUCCCAGUAUUGUUGUAGAAGUAAAGCUAACAUAUACUUUAAAAAAACGCCCUCUCUACCGCUGAUGUACAGAUGUGGGGUUUAGGAGCCACGGACCUCCAACAAAGUUUCAAGAAAGAA